UUCACAGCUCCCCAAACAAGGAAGCGUCGUUCCUCGACGUUCAAUACUUAAGAAAAAUGAGUGCUGUGCGGUCCGCCGGGAUUUUACUGAGCUUUUUCUGCAUAAUUGUGAGCACUUCAGGAUCUUCCGAUGUGUUUGAUGCUGUUUUGGGAAACACGGCAUCCUGCCAUAAAACAUGUCAAAUGACCUACAGUUUGCAUACUUAUCCACGGGAAGAGGCUCUGUACGCCUGUCAAAGAGGUUGUCGUCUCUUCUCCAUUUGUCAGUUUGUGGGUGACAGCAAGGAUCUCAACGAAACCAAAUCAGAAUGCGAGUCGGCGUGUCGCGAGGCCUACACACAGUCGGAAGAACAAUAUGCCUGCAAUCUUGGGUGUCAGAGUCAACUGCCAUUCGCAGAGCAAAGAAUGGAAGAGCUGUUGACUAUGAUCCCCAAAAUCCAUCUUCUAUAUCCGCUGACUUUGGUGAGAGGUAUUUGGGAAGACAUGAUGAGCCAAGCCCACAGCUUCAUCACCUCAUCCUGGACAUUUUAUCUCCAGGCAGACGAUGGCAAAGUGGUCAUUUUCCAGUCUGUGCCGCAAAUUCAGUUUAUCCCUCAGCUGGAAUUUCAGAGCGAAGCAGUAGAGACGGAGCCACAGAGCACCUUAGAUCAGGAAAUAAACAACCCUGUUUAUAAAGACUAUCCAAUGACGUUCAUUCAAGAGAGAGACAGAGACAUGUUCAUCGAUAAAAGAAACUCUGAAGAUGACUACAAUCUUUUCAGCUGUUUCUCAAGGAACCCGUGGCUGCCUGGCUGGAUUCUGACUACCACCAUGGUUCUGUCUGUGUUGGUUUUAAUCUGGAUCUGUUGUGCCACAGUGUCCACUGCUGUUGAGCAGUAUGUUCCUGCUGAGAAACUAAGCAUAUAUGGGGACAAGGAGCACAUGAAGGAUCAGAAACUGGUCCCUUAUAUGCAGUCGUCUCUGGUCAUUAUUAGAUCUCCUGGAGGGGAAGGGGAGCAGGAAGCAGGGCCUCUUCCAUCAAAGGUCAACCUGGAUCAGUCUAACAUAUAAAGACCACUGAAACAACGAAAGAGAAACAUCUGGAAAUGGGGGUCUUCAUGCUUAUGAAUAAGUCUUAUAAAUAGAUAUUUGGUCUUCUCAGUCAAAAGUGUGAUUAUUGUUUCAAACUCGCUAUUAUGGAUUAUGUUUCUCCUUUUUUAAAUUUGUAAGGUGUGGACUAUUGGGAAAUAUUUAGUCUGUUUUGGCACUUUAGAGGCAUUACCUGUCAGAAUGAAACCUCUGUAGGAUCUCAGUUUUCCUUGAGUGUUUACUACCCUUUUGUAAAGAUCCUUUUGGUGUAAUCGAUAACAGCUUGUGAUUUGUGUUUAACAGCAAAACUUUUUGAUAUUUUGAUUUAUGUUUAAGGUACUGUUUACUCAUAAACAAAGUUAUGGUGUGUGAACAUUUUUGAACUGUCAUAAAAUCAUCGUUAAGUCAAUUUCAGGGGAUGUAAAUGAUUUUUUUUCUCCAAUUUUUAAUUAAUACUGUUAAUAAACAACCUUCCAAAAAUC